CCUUCCCAUCCUCUUGUCCCGGGAGCUGCCUCCGCUCUCAGGAGCCGCCACAGACCGAAUGGAGACAGAAGCGCCCCAGCCUGGACUGUCGCCCCCGGACUCCGCGCACGAUCCUUGCAAAAUGUUCAUCGGGGGUCUUAGCUGGCAGACAACACAAGAGGGCCUGCGAGAGUAUUUCAGUCAGUUCGGGGAUGUCAAGGAGUGUCUUGUUAUGAGAGACCCGCUGACAAAAAGAUCCAGGGGGUUUGGAUUCGUGACUUUUAUGGACCAGGCUGGAGUGGACAAAGUUUUGGCUCAAUCAAGGCAUGAGCUGGACUCAAAAACGAUUGACCCAAAAGUAGCAUUUCCUCGCAGAGCUCAACCCAAGAUGGUGACAAGGACAAAGAAGAUAUUUGUGGGAGGUCUAUCUGUGAAUACAACUGUUGAAGAUGUGAAACAAUAUUUUGAGCAGUUUGGCAAGGUUGAUGAUGCCAUGUUAAUGUUUGAUAAAACCACAAACCGGCACAGAGGUUUUGGAUUUGUCACAUUUGAAGGUGAGGAUAUUGUGGAGAAGGUCUGCGAAAUUCACUUCCACGAGAUUAAUAAUAAAAUGGUUGAAUGUAAGAAGGCACAGCCGAAGGAGGUGAUGUCACCAACUGGUUCUGUGCGGGGUCGGUCUCGAGUAAUGCCAUAUGGGAUGGACGCCUUCAUGCUGGGAAUCGGGAUGCUAGGAUACCCUGGAUUCCAAGCUGCCACAUAUGCCAGCCGCAGUUACACUGGCAUUGCUCCAGGAUACACUUAUCAAUUCCCAGAAUUUCGUGUAGAGAGAACCCCUCUCCCGGGCGCCCCCGUCCUCCCAGAACUCACAGCAAUCCCUCUGACUGCUUAUGGUCCAGUAGCAGCAGCUGCUGCAGCUGUAGUGAGAGGCUCCAAUCCAACCCGCACAGGGGGUUUUCUGGGUACCAGCAGCCCUGGACCAAUGGCUGAGCUGUAUGGAGCGGCAAAUCAGGAAUCAGCAGUCAGCAGCUACAUCAGUGCAGCGAGUCCAGCUCCAAGCACAGGAUUUGGACAUAGUCUUGGGGGUCCUCUGAUUGCCACGGCUUUCACUAACGGAUACCACUGAAACUGCAGAUCACUGAAGAGGUUUGGAUUUGUCAGCUUCUCCUACCCAUGACUUUGUUCCUCCCCUCAGAUUGUCAGAUGGCCUCACAUCACUUUGUGUUCCUGCAGAGUAACUGGUGCCUCCUGAAUAACUUUUCCUUCCAUUCUAUGAGUUUUUAUUUAUUUGUUUUUUGUUUAUUUUCUUUUAUCUUUUUUUUACCCUAUAGUUUUGUGUUUUGUUUCGUUGUCAUUGAAAAACAUUCCUGUGACUUUAGAUAUUUUUGUUCAGCUAGGAAGCAGGGAAACAUUGGUACAAACUGCUGGAGGGAGGGGAGGAGAUAUUAUUUGCCCCGACUGUAUGAGAAUGUGAUUCUAUUUUUUUUGUUUUGUUUUUGUUUUUUAUUUUAUGUAAAUUUUGGCUUUUAAGAACUGUAAAACAGAUUUGGGGUGGCAAUGCACAAGAACAAGACAAAUGUAUAUUUUGCUAAAUGAAAAAAAAAAAUAUUUGUAGAACAGAAAUUAUUUUAAUUCUUCUCAAAACUGGUUUUCAUUUUUUUUUUUUUAAUUUUUUUCCUUUGUAAAAUAUGUAAAUAUUGCGGACUGAACGUUCUGCCACCUCCAGGUCUCUACUGGACCCAAACUACGCUCUGGCGAUUUGGUGUCUGUAUUUUAGCAAUAUUUUCCUAAAACCUGAAUGGAUUGGCAGUUUUUUUUAUACAUCUUUUAUUACGACCAAAACUUCAGUUCACAACAAGCUGGGGAUUAUUAGUGCAGGAGAACACUGGUCCACAGCUUUAAAACUACCACUCGUUAGUCCCCAAUCUAAUUAACUCUUUUAAGUGUUAUUUCAUAACUCCUUGGAGAGAAAAAAGUGUUACAAGGGCAAAAUGAAAAUAUUUGUGGAUGCAAUAUUGUGAUUAAUUUAUCACUAACAUUUCUUUGAUAUCCAUGCAAUAAAGCACUCUAAGGUUUAUUA